UCAAGAGUAGUCAUGAUUCUCACCUCGAACAAAGUCAAGUCGUGCAACGUGUAUCUCACGACGUAAAACAAAACCAAGAAAAUUUCUCCUUCUCCACUCAACCCUUUUAAGUUUUAUCUUCCUUUAUUUCCUCAUUUUCACAUUCACAUCCAAACACGCCCCAAAACCAUGGCCAGAAGAGUCUCUCCUCCCGUUGCCGUUCUCCUCUCCUUCCUCUUCCUCCUCACCCUCUCACGCGCCCGCGAUGUUCCGAACCCCUUCUCCGAACCCAAACCUGACUCCGAACCUGGAUCCCAUCAUCCCGAACCUAAAACCGUUUCGUUUACCAUCGGCACCAUCGAUCCCGUUCCGCUGACGCUCCUCCGCUUCCGUCCGAUCAACCGCCACUUCCAGCCCGGCCGUCCGUUGCCUCUGUCGCUCCGCACCGCCCACCGCCGUUGCCGCCACGGCCACCGCCGCGAGAUCCCCUACGGCAACGACGCCAUCCUGCUCGGCGACGCCGCCGCCGCGCGCCGGAUUCAUCCGCGCUGGGUUAGGGUUCAGUCCGCCGCCGAGACGCGGCUUCCGGCGACGGUUGAGCGACUCGAUUCCGACCGCGAACACCGUCACCGCGGCGAGAAUGACCACCACCACCACCACCACCAACAUCACCGCCUCGAGGAGAGCUGGUUCGCGAAGAAGAUUCGCAAGUUCAUGAACCUCUUCUGAUUUUGAUGAUGCAACGAUCAACGAUGAUGAUGAUGCAUAAAUAUAUAGUAGUUAUAUAUAUAGAUACGAAUGGUAACUGUUUGUGUAAUUAAGUUUGCAUCUGAUAUAGAGAUGUAUGAUGUAUGUGUGGUUUGAUGCACCAUGAUCUACUACUAUACUAUUGCUACUAAGUUUUUAUUUUAUGUUAUUUAUGAGUUGUUAGGGAUAUUUUAUACUGUAGAAUAAUAUGGUUUUACUGCCAUAGACACUUGUAGUGGUUGAUGAUGAAUGAGUAUAGAGAAGCGUUACUUGCAAAUCCUAA